UGCAACUAAACCCUCUGCUUUUAUUGUGAAUUGUUAGACGGACAAUCUGGUUGUUUUACAGGCUGGCUGAUCAGUGUGCUGGGAAAUCUUCUGUUUGUUUGUGAUGUGUAGGAGGAUGUCACCCCUCCCCCAUCCGCAUUCCUCUCCGGUGUCAGAGACUUUCAGUUUCAUUUCUCUCUUCUGCUUUCAGCGAUGGCAUCUGCUGAUCUGAGAGCUGAGCUGAAAUGUUCCGUCUGUCUGAGCAUUUAUACCGAUCCUGUAAUGCUGAGAUGUGGUCACAACUUCUGCCGGGUCUGUUUUGAUCGUUUGCUGGAUACACAGGAGGAGUCUGGAGGAUAUUCCUGUCCUGUAUGCAGAGAGAAGUUUCCGGAUCGUCCUGCACUGCAGAGGAACAUAAAACUACGUAACAUAGCAGAGACUUUCCUGUCUGCUCAGCCAGAUCGGGAGGAGUUUGGGGUCUUCUGUACUCACUGCGUGGACUCUCCUGUACCUGCUGUUAGAUCCUGUCUACACUGUGAGGUUUCUCUGUGUGAUAAACACCUGAGAGUCCACAAAAAGUCCCCAGAACACGUCUUAUGUGACCCCACCUUGUCCAUGGAGAGCAGGAAAUGCUCCGUCCAUAAGGAAGUUUUGAAGUAUUUCUGCACCAAAGAUAAUACUUGUAUCUGUGUGUCCUGCAGUUUGGCUGGAGAACAUCGGGGACAUCGGGUGGAGACACUGGAUGAGGCUUCUGAGAAGAAGAAGGAGACACUGAGGAAUGUUCUGCAGAAACAUCUGACAAAGAGAGAGGAGAUGGAGGAAAGAGUCCAGAGUCUGCAGGAACACAGGAGGAAAGUAGAAGAAGAAGCAGCUGGUGACACUGAGAGAGUCACUGUCCUGUUUAGAGAUCUCAGGAGACGUCUGGAAGAUCUGGAGAAGAGAGCCCUGAGGGAAAUCUCCGAGAGGGCAGAGCGGAUCUCCAUCUCCAUCCGGGAUCUGGAAAUAAAGAAGGAGGAGCUGUCCAGGAAGAUGCGUCACAUUGAGGAGCUGUGUAACAUGAUGGAUCCACUGACUGUCUUACAGGAAUCAGACACAGGUGACUUGUGUGAUACUGAGGAUGGAGAUAAUGAGGACAGAGAGAGACAUGAGAAGCUCCUCCAUGAUGGUUGGGGUCUGAGUGUGGCGGGGGUCUUACACACAGGUUUAUCUGAUAUAAUAACAGAGGUAAAUGUAUACUUCUAUAUACAGGGAGCUGCAGACAUAUUACUGGAUGGAAACACAAUUAAUAAAUAUCUACAGAUAUCAGAUGACAGGAAAACUGUAUCCUGGUCACAUAUAGACCAGAAUUACCCCAAAACACCAGAGAGAUUUCAGUGUUCUCAGGUGAUGAGCAGUCAGAGUUUCUCCUCAGGGAGACAUUACUGGGAAGUGGAUGUCGGGGGGUCAGAGAGCUGGAUGGUCGGGAUGUGUUACCCCAGUAUAAACAGGAGAGGAUUCCAGUCAGAGAUUGGAUGGAAUAAGAAGUCCUGGGGAUUGUAUUGGGAUGGUAAUCAGUACGAGGUGAUACAGGCAGUACAUGGCAGUAAAAAGAUCCCAUUACCUCCCAAUCCCUCCAGUAACAGAGUCAGGAUAGAUCUGGAUUAUGAGGCCGGGCGGAUCUCCUUUUAUGAUCUGUGUGACCCGAUCCGACACCUCCACACCUUCACCACCACCUUCACUGAGCCCCUCCAUGCUGGGUUAUGGGUAGGGGAUGGUUGUAUAAAGAUAUGUGGGGGGAGGUGGGAGAUGUGAGAACACCACCCAGAGUCUGGUGACAUCACAGUGAUGGUUGGUGGGAUUGGUCCCCUGAUCAGCCAAUGAUUGGAGGAAGUGGUGACUCCUGGGAGGGCCUCCUUCUGAAAACGCCAGUUCUCUAGCUGUGUGUAAUGUAAGAACUUAUAGAGUGGUAGUAAUAAGAAUCAGAAAAGUUUCAGAAUUCCCCAUCUCUAUACUUGUUCCGGGUCAGAGACUGAGACAGUAUUGAAAGCUGAGCAUCAACAUGACAGCCAGGGAACUAGCAUUCUCACAAGGAGAGUAAUGGUAGCAAAGGAGGCCCCCAUGAUUCUCUCAUGACAGGUGCCCUUUAAAUAAAAUAAAUGUGAUUUACGAUAACUGCCAGGUGUGUCUGGAUUUCAGGGACAAUCCCAGGAUUUGGAGGUUUGUGCCUGGAAAUGUUUCUGGUUUUAAUACAAUUUUAUGUAAUUUCUCACAUUAUGAUUCAGUUCACCUUCAUGGUAAUAAUUAUGACGGGUAUUUUA